AUGCCAGCAGACCGCAGCGCGAGAAGAGGCACGGCCGAAAAGGCGUGCAAUGAGUGCCAGAGAAGAAAGACGAAAUGCACACUCAGCGAAGACGGUUCCCAUUGUGGUUUUUGCCGACGAGCCGGAAAGGCCUGCGUGUUUGAGGAACCACCGCAAAGAACCCCUCUCACGCGGCAGAAUCUUGACCAGGCUGAAGCACGAUGUCGACAAUUAGAACUGAUGCUCCAGCAGCAGCGUGAGACUGCCAUGCCUUCAGAUUCGAGUAGUGCGGCCGAACACCAACAAACAACGCUGAGGGCGAACAAUCCGGGAGAGGGUAUCGCAGACUACGAGUGGAAUGAAGCAACGGAUCCCGAGGCGCGAGAGCAGUCGUCUGAUAGUGAUCAUGCAAGAGAUGGUAUGGGAGCGCUCACCAGUCGAAAAUCAGGCUCGGGCUAUUUAGGCACGAGCUCCGGUCACGAACUCUUACAGUCCGUUUCAUCUUUUCUUCCCCCCUCCACCAGCGCCGUCCGGCGGAGCGAACGAGCGCCGCAUGAAACGCCAAUGUCCAACUCGUCUGCACCUGGCCUUCCGCACUUGUAUUCAAGCUCUCUUUCAACCGCUUUCAUCCAAGAGCAGCUGAUUUCGGCGUACUUUGCAAAGUACAACACCAGCUAUCCGAUCUUGCAUGAGAAAUCAUUCCGUGAUCAAUGCAGUACCCGAAAAUCGUUGCCUCGCAGCUCUUCAUGGCACAUUACGUACUAUGCUGUCCUGGCUAUGGGUGAGUGGGUUUCUGGCAGUGGCACCGAUGAUCAACCAUCCCUCUACUACGAGGCUGCAAGAUCAUUGCUGAAGCCCGAAGUUCUCGAGUCGGGUUCUAUCAACGGUGUGCAAUCCUUCUUGAUCCUUGGCAACUACCUGCAGAAGACGGAUCGUCCCAAUACAGGAUACAACUACUUGGGUCUGGCUUUGAGACUAGCCAUGGGUCUUGGUCUGCAUCGAGAGCUACCCAGUACUUCGCCCGCGAGCCCUUUUAAAAGACAUCGCCGACGAAUCGUUUUCUGGGUCCUGUACUGCUUCGAUAGCUGGUUUAAUAUCACCACCGGAAGGCCAUCGUUGCUGUCCGAUGCAAAUUUCGACGUACAGAUGCCGCAGAACGUUGAGGAAGAGGCGCUUGACAGUUCGGGGAGAUUGAUCGAUGUGACUGGUCCAACAACAUGCUCUCUAAUCACCGCUUUGGCUCGUUUGACCAAGAUCGCGAACAAAGUGUACAAUGAGGUGAUCUGUGCAGGCUCGUGCGCAGAUGUAGAUCAUCUGACCGUUGUGAUGGAGCACAUGAUACAAAACUGGCAAUCAGCUUUGCCAGCUUACAUGACCAGUGCAAACGUCCCGGCCUGGUUUCUCGGUCCUAGACAGACGAUCCACUGGAAAGCGGCGAAUCUCCGUAUCUUGCUACUCCUGGCAAGUCAAAGACAUCGAACAGAUGAGUUCGAGAAGCUGGCCGUUGGAUCAAGGUGUCAGGAAGUCGCUGUGUCCUCCAUCAGUGACAUUGCUACUUUCUGUGAUCAUCAUCCAGACCAUUUACACAGUGGAUUGGCCUGGUAUGCGGUCUACUUCACCUUACAGGCGAUGCUCUCUUUUACGUCUCAGUGUGUAUAUCGUUGGCGUGCUGGUCGGCAGUUCGACGACGUGGACACGCAACACUAUGAAAACACGGCGUCCAUGGCUGUGAAUUGCAUCGAAGCUCUCCAGGCAAAGAACGCUGCAGCAAAUCGAGCAUACCGCAUCAUCCAUCGUCUUCGAGACGUUGUCAGGCAGACUAGUGGUAUCAUUCCGCUUGAUGCAACCCUCCAGGCGGGCAUGAGUUCGCAUGGAGUUUCUGAUGGAUCGAAUGGUCUUCAGGUCAACAAUGGCAUGCAGCACAUCCUUGGUCCUCAAGACCCACCUACAGACCCGAGCAGUAUUCCUCUCGACUAUGAUCAAGCGAUUCCCAAUCUCGUCCUGGCUGAAUGGGGCAAUGCGGCGGAUUUGUCGCUGCACAGUCUUUUCAAUGGUAUGGACGAUUUCGGGGCGGGGGAUCUCUAUACGUAG